AACAAAACAAGAUGGCGACUCGAGGUGGAAAUAAUCGAGGCUACUCCCAACAAUUUUGUUAGGUUGUCUGAGAAUUUGUUGGUGCCCAUUAUUCAGGCAUGGGUUCAAGGACCACAUCAACAGAUGAAAUGUUGGAGACUGAAAACAAUCGAAUGGUGGAUGAUUUGGCAGCUAAAGUUUCACGUUUAAAAGGGAUUGCUAUCGACAUUGAGAAUGAAAGCAAGCAACAAAAUAAAUACCUUGAUGGAAUGGGAGAUGACUUUGGCAGUUCAUCUGGUUUGUUGAGUGGCAGUGCUGCACGACUGUCACAAAUGAUUUCAUCCGGACGAUCAAACAGAAAAUUAAUGUGCUACCUAAUAGCAGGACUUGUGGGAUUCUUCUUCAUUGGAUAUUAUGCACUCAGCAAGGUCAUUGUCAGAUAGUCAAAAGCACUAGCAAGCAAAAAUAAUUACAUCUUUUUAUUUUACGAGUACAAACAGGUGUCAUUGCACUGUAGAUUAAACAUGGGACCCAGAUGUGUUGAACAAAUGCAAAUAAAUGCAUACAUGUAUGUGCUCUUGUGUCAAUGGGAGUGACAGUAUUGUCGAAGCCUGAAACAUUACUGAGAGGAAAGACAUUUUUGGCAGAUUGUCACCCCAGGAAGAAUUGUACAUUAAGUCACUUCAACAUCAUGCCUAGCUUUGCUUUAGAUUUCUUGUAAUGGUAAUCACUAGAUGUACUCAAUAACAGUGCAAUCCAGUGUCUGCCCAGACAAGUAGAUUUUCCCACUGUUAAGGAACUUCUCAUUCUCACUUACCCAGCAAGUCAUCUGCCAACACAAAAAAAUGUAAACUAAGAUUUGCUUGGGGCAAGCAAAAUCUGAGAGCUGCUUGUCCAAAGGGCAAGCUGGAAUUCAAGUUUUUCUCGAGCCCUGGGUAUGUGCAGUAUUUGAUAUGUUAUAAGUAUGAUGAAUCAACGUUAAUUAGAGACUUGGAAGGAAAGCAAAGGAAAUGGAAAGUUUCUUCCUUGUUGGUCGGCAUAGCUUUAAGACUUGCAAUCAAAAUGGAUGACCCUUCUGGUUAAAACUUUAUUCUCCGAUUCAAAUUUCAGAGUUCAACAAAAUGCAAUUGUAACCUUUGUUCAGUUGAGCUGAAAAAAUUCAAACUGCUAUGAAUUACUGACAGGAAUAAUGAUCUUACUUUUGAAAGCAAAUUGCGUUUCACCUGUUUACUUUUUGACUGUAGAAGACUUACACAGAAAUCCUUUGCUAUCCAACAAUAGUCUUGCUUUGCUGUUCGUGAUUACCAUAGUGUUAAUUACCUCACUAAAAAUUAUUUAAAAUUAUCCUAGUUGAAAUUUAAAGAUUGUAAGUUAGUAAGUUAUUUAUUUUAGAGGUGCUUUGAGAAGGAACCCAAGUGAAAUGUAUAAAAUUAAUUAAUGAAAACAACAGUUGAAAGAAAUUUACGGAAAACAAACAUUUGAACUCUUGAGAGAAUUUAAGCGUAGUUUAAGAUAGCAGGGGUUUGAAAUACAGUACCUAAAUUAGCAUAUUCAAGCCAAGAAAAUGAUUUGAAUUCAAGAUAGCGGGGAGUUGAGAUACUAAGGUGUAACUGUACUAGUUUUGUGCAAAGAAAGUUAGAUACAGUAGAAUCCCGAUUUCUCAAACCCUCAUUUUUUGAACCUCUUGAUAACUCGAACCAAAAGUCGUUUCCCCUCCGCAGUCGAACACUGUAAUUUUACCCCCAAUUUCUCAAACUCUGCGAUUUUUCGAACCAGUUUUCUUUUCCCUUGGGGGUUCAAAAAAAAAAAUCAGGAUUCCACUGUAGAUAAGACCAACAAACACAUGUGAUCUAUUCUUUAAUAUUAACAUUUUAUUGAAUAUUUCUUCAUAAUUAUAAAAAAAAAGGCAGUACAUGAAUAGCAGUACAUAAAAAUAGCAGUACAUGAAUGUUUAUGAAAACGUUUUACUUGUACAUAUACAUUUACUUUCAUGUUAUUUUAUGAAGUUAAUUACCAACAAGAAAUGGUCAAUAUUAAUACCAUUAGGAAACACCCUUUAAGGAGGUAUACUUUAAAAGCCAUAUGUCUGUAAACAUGUGUUGUUGAUGAGAAAAUGAAAUUGGGCAAGGAGAAUUUACAUUUUGAUGACCAAUAUAAACUAGAACUUUUACUUCCAUUUUCUUGCGAAAACACACACUCAGGCUUGUCAGUGCCCACAGCAUUUCUUGUUCUCCCAAACUUCCUGUCAUGUUUCUAUAACUAAACAUAAACAUUAAAAAUGUAUGGACUUUGUCGAAUAUUAUACAGUCAUGCCAAUAAAUAAACCUUACACCUGAGGUGCACAUUACUGUUAGUUUAGAAGACAAAUGUCUGUUAAACAAAAACUGUUGUAAAACCACCUUGGAAAUUAAAUGCACAGAAUCAUA